AUGGAAGAUGGUCCUGCUUUCUAUGGCUUUAAAAACAUUUUUCUGACCAUGUUUGCAACAUUUUUUUUCUUCAAGCUUUUAAUUAAAGUUUUCUUGGCUCUCCUAACCCAUUUCUAUGUUGUCAAAGGAAACAGAAAAGAGGCAGCUAGGAUAGCAGAAGAGAUCUAUGGUGGACUGUCAGACUGCUGGGCUGACCGAUCACCACUCCACGAGGCUGCGGCCCAGGGGCGCUUGCUGGCUCUUAAAACUUUAAUUGCACAAGGGAUCAACGUGAAUCUUGUGACAAUUAACCGGGUCUCCUCUCUCCAUGAGGCAUGCCUUGGGGGUCAUGUGGCCUGCGCUAAGGUCUUGCUGGAAAAUGGUGCACAUGUCAAUGGACUGACUGUUCACGGGGCCACGCCACUCUUCAACGCCUGCUGCAGCGGCAGUGCGGCCUGUGUCAGCCUGCUCUUGGAGUUUGGAGCCAAGGCCCAGCUGGAGGUCUACCUGGCUUCACCUAUCCAUGAAGCGGUGAAGAGAGGUCACAGAGAGUGCAUGGAGAUUCUGCUGGCAAAUAAUGUCAACAUUGACCAAGAGCUUCCUCAGCUGGGAACUCCUCUGUAUGUAGCCUGUACCUAUGAGAGAGUCGACUGUGCGAAGAAGCUUCUAGAACUAGGAGCCAGUGUUGACCAUGGCCGGUGGCUGGAUACCCCACUGCAUGCUGCAGCGAGGCAGUCCAGUGUGCAGGUCAUCAACCUGCUCACUGAGUACGGGGCCAACCUGAGACUCAGAAACUCGCAGGGCAAAACUGCCCUUGAUCUUGCUGCUCCCAAAAGCAGUGUGGCGCAGGCGCUCCUGCUCCAUGAAGGUCCACCUGCUCUUUCCCAGCUCUGCCGCCUGUGUGUCCGGAAGUGCUUGGGCCGUGCAUGUCCUCAAGCCAUCUCUCGGCUAGGGCUUCCAGAGCCACUGGAAAAAUUCCUCCUGUACCAGUAGUUGGGAAUUGUUGCCUGCUGUAGUAGACACACUCGCUGGCUGGCUCACUAUCCUAAAAAUCAGCUCUCCCAUUUAGAGUAACUCUACUAUAAAUCCAAACACUUGGGGUGAGCAAACUCCUGAUUAGUGUAACAGUUGUCAAGAGGCAUUCAGAAUUCUUGUAGUUCUUAACUCUUGUUAAUCAACUUAAAAUGAAACUGAAAUGGGGGGAAAUAAAAGGCGAUUUUUGGAUGAUUCAGAACCCUUGGGCACCUGGGCCUGUGUUCAGCAUUCUGAGUAUUGCAUAUACACAGGUAGAUAUGAUUAAAAUAAAUG